GAUAGCUGAAAAUCCACCCAAUCCAACGGCCGUUAUUCCCAUCACUAAAUCGACCAUAACUGAAAACGUACGAACAUGUUUAAAAAGUAAUAUUCUAACGGAUAAGACACCGUCGGCACGCCUUCAAAUAACCCCACAAAAAACCAGAAGCAGAAAGAGCUUCUACGAAACAGCCACUAGCAAUGGCCACUCUCUCAAUGGGUAUCGCCGUCUCCGCUACCGCCGCCUUGCGUUCGACGACAAUAAAACGAACGCACUUCAGGUUCAAAGUCUCCUGCGUCCAAUGGGACCCUGAAGGUAUACUUGGAGCGCCGCAAACAGGACACCUGGCUCGUCUCGAGUUUAAAAGACGGCUAGAGAGAGACGCAGAGGCUCGAGAAGCAUUUGAGCAGCAUUUACGCCAAGAAAAAGAGCGUCGCCAAGCUCUUCGCCAAUCCAGGGAAAUACCCGAUACUCCAGGGGAGUUGAUUGAAUAUUUUCUUGACACUGAAGCUCAGGAGAUUGAGUUUGAGAUUGCAAGAUUAAGGCAGCGAUUGAAUGAGGAAUUUUUCUCCCACCUCAAAUUUGAGAUAGGGCAGAUUCGGUUUGCUGUUUCAAAGACCGAGGAUAUGGAGGACAGAUUGAUUGAGUUGGAGGCAUUACAGAAGGCCUUACAAGAAGGCACAGAAGCAUUUGAUAAAAUGCAAGCAGACCUAAUAACUGCAAAGCAAAGCCUUACCAAAAUUUUGACAUCAAAGGAUAUAAAAACAACUUUGUUCGAGAUGGUGGAACGCAAUGAACUAAAUAGAUCCUUAUUGACACUUCUUGAUGAAAACAUAGCAAAUGCACACAUGGGUAACCAGCAUCUCUCUUCAAAAAGGAAAAUCGACUCUUUGGCCUUCUUUUGUGUCUUUAUUCAACAAGAAGAGUGUUGCAUCCCCUCUUUAUAACCUCUAUAAAAUAUCUGAAAUGAUAUUUCUUAAGUUUUCUUGAAAACCUAACUGAAUUAAGAUUAGCACUUGUAGUUAUUUGUUUGAUGAGUAGCCAACUACAUAGACCAGAGUUGUUCAUGCAAAACAUUCAUGCAAUCAGCGUUCUUUUAUUUUCUCUAUAUAUCUGUUAUUUUAUAUCCAUUUGUCUCAUGACUCUCAUUCAAUGUGUUUUCAGUUGAUAUCUUCUGUUGCUUUGGUGUGACCUCUUAGCAACCGUGAAAAUUUUAAUUGGGCUUCUCCUAAAACUUUGAUAAAAAAUGUGCACCAUGUAUUUAUAAUCUAUUACCAUGCUAGUAACUGCUUCGAACUCAGACUGAACUCCUAUAAUUUAGGUCAAUCGUUU